AUCAUCACAUCAACACACACAACUUCCACUACAAAAUACAUUGUCUCAACUCUCCAAUCUAUACACCAAUCUCAAUCCACAUACAUAAAACUCAACUCAACCCAUCAAUCAUGCCUCUCGCACGUCGUGCCGGUCCCCACACUACCACCCGUGCUACACGCACCUCACCGCGCACUGCUCGCCCAAGCCUCAAGUCCCGUCUCUUGGGAGGGAAGGCACGCCGGACAACUACUAGACGCACACCUGGUACCACUACUACCACUACGACCACCACUAAGACGACUCGCACAACAGGUGGUGCUCACGCAGCGCCCGUCCACCACCACAAGCGCCAUGCCACCAUGGGUGACAAGGUUAGCGGAAUGAUGAUGAAGCUUCGUGGUUCCUUGACCCGCAGGCCUGGUCUCAAGGCUGCUGGUACACGACGCAUGCAUGGCACCGACGGCCGUAAUGCUCGCCACCACUACUAG